CGGUGAGCGCGCAGUGAUUCAGCAUCGCAAACUUAGGCUGUUACCCUUCUCUUUUCACUUCAUCUACGUUUCUUUCUUUGUAUCCUUUUUAACCGUCCUCACCGUGAUCUUUGAAACCGUCACCAGUCAGAAUGUUUUGAACAGGACUGGACUGUCACCGGACAGGGAUCUUCGGGCAAACGGCACGGAAUGGUAUUUAUGAACAGACGUUUUUUCUAUAACUGCAGUGCUCCAGUUCUGGAUGUGAAGAUUGCCUUUUGUCAGGUGUGUGUUCCAUUCAGGUAAAUUAAAAGGGGUUUGGCAAACAAGUUGAUGUGUCUUAUAUUGCCCAACAUUACAACAUGAGCAAAAGUAAAGUGGACAACCAGUUCUACAGCGUGGAAGUAGGAGAUUCCACCUUCACAGUUCUCAAACGGUACCAAAAUCUAAAGCCCAUCGGUUCUGGGGCUCAGGGAAUAGUGUGUGCUGGAUAUGACGCCAUUCUGGACAGAAAUGUGGCGAUUAAGAAACUCAGCAGACCCUUUCAGAACCAGACGCACGCCAAGAGAGCAUACAGGGAGCUGGUGCUUAUGAAAUGUGUCAAUCACAAAAAUAUCAUCAGCUUAUUAAAUGUCUUCACACCACAGAAGUCUUUAGAGGAAUUCCAAGAUGUUUACCUGGUGAUGGAGCUGAUGGAUGCAAACCUCUGCCAGGUGAUUCAGAUGGAACUGGAUCAUGAGAGGAUGUCCUACCUGCUCUAUCAGAUGUUAUGUGGAAUCAAACACCUGCACUCAGCCGGCAUCAUCCACAGGGAUCUGAAACCUAGCAAUAUCGUGGUAAAAUCCGACUGUACGUUGAAGAUCUUGGACUUUGGGCUGGCGAGGACCGCUGGCACUAGCUUUAUGAUGACACCCUACGUGGUGACGCGGUACUACAGGGCGCCAGAGGUCAUCCUGGGCAUGGGAUACAAAGAGAAUGUGGAUAUUUGGUCAGUCGGUUGCAUCAUGGGAGAAAUGGUGCGUCACAAAAUCCUUUUCCCCGGCAGGGAUUAUAUAGACCAAUGGAAUAAGGUUAUAGAGCAGCUUGGCACGCCUUCUCCUGAGUUCAUGAAGAAGCUGCAGCCAACGGUGCGCAACUAUGUGGAGAACAGACCAAAAUACGCCGGCCUGACCUUCCCAAAACUCUUCCCUGAUUGCCUGUUCCCUGCCGAUUCGGAGCACAACAAACUCAAAGCUAGUCAGGCCAGAGACCUGCUGUCGAAGAUGUUGAUCAUUGAUCCCGCUAAGCGGAUAUCAGUGGACGAGGCCCUGCAGCACCCCUACAUUAAUGUGUGGUAUGACCCGGCCGAGGUGGAGGCAGCCAGGAAUCAGCACAUAUCUAUGCCUCCUCCACAGAUCUAUGAUAAACAGCUGGAUGAGAGGGAACAUUCGAUUGAUGAAUGGAAAGAGCUCAUCUAUAAAGAGGUGAUGAACUUCGAGGAGAGAACGAAGAAUGGUGUUGUGAAGGGACAGCCCUCUCCCUCAGGUGCAGCCGUGAACAGCAGCGAGAGCCUCCCCCCCUCCUCCUCUGUCAACGACAUCUCCUCCAUGUCCACCGAUCAGACCCUGGCAUCCGACACCGACAGCAGCCUGGAGACCUCCGCGGGACCGCUGGGGUGCUGCAGGUGACUAACCGCCUGCCUGCGCAACCCCAUGUUCUUCAGAAGGUGAACGGCCCCUGCAAACCCGAUCGCGUGCAAUCCACAACCUCUCAAAAGUGUACAAGAAUAUAAUUUACGCGGGGACAAAAUGUGGGAAAAAUGUUACUAUAUGCGCAAAAUAUGUAUCGUAAAGUAUGCAUUUUCAUUCAACGAAAACGUCUGAAUAUGUAUAUUUACAGAUCUUCACUAGUUGCUUUGCUUUGAAUCCCCCUCAUAUGGCAUCCAAAAAAAAAAAAAAAAAAAAAAAAGGGCAAAUCUGUAAAGUGUACAUUUGGCUGAUAUUUAAUACCUUGCAAUUUUCUGUGCUUCAGUCGAUGUGGCAGGGUGGGCUUUUAUAUUAAUGAGCACUGUACAAUAUCGAUCGUCCUUGUCUUUUCCCCUGAUGGUUUUUCGCUUGUUCUGAAACUCCUUGAUGGUUUCUGACAGGCUGGUAUGUCUGUGUGCAACUCCAGUUAGGGUAAAAAUGUGUACAAUGGCGCCUCCUAUCUUUUGUAAAUAUGUAAUUCUGUACAGCAUGAGAGUGGGACUGACGGCCAGUAGAGGGAGUAAUCGCGCACCUUGCCACAUCACAGCUACCACCUUUGUUCCCUUUGCCUGUAGUCUUGCAUGGUCAGAGAAAAAUAAAGAAGAAAUUAAGCUAAUUAUAACAUAUACAAAUAUAAAGAACCUUGUUUAUAUAACAUGUAAAGAGCUCUGGGAAGCCAAAGUGUGCAUUUGGCCAUUUCUGUCAGUCGUUGGAGUGUGUUUUAAAGGAAGCCAAUGGGGGGCACAAGCAAUGUUGCUGUCAUACUCCGAGCUCUGUAUAUUGGCGAUCAGUUUCAACAGCCCUGUCAUUGUGUUUGUGAAACCCACCGUAUCUACAGCCCACUUAACAGGCGACAGCCUUGCAUGCAACAACUUUACCAAGGAAAGGUUUCUCGGUGUCAGACAUAUUUUUGAUUGGGGGGCGUCACAUCGCCAAGGUGUCCUGGGCUCAACAAUAAGGAUGACCUGAUAGCCCAUGGCUAGUUUGAGACAGUUUUGUCUUAGUAUUUUUAAGCCUUGCAAACUGAGACAUUUGGAUUUAUGUGAUAUAUAUUGAACGUUUAUGCAAAUUGCACUGAUCUAAAUGUGCCACCAAGAUAAUGUAAUUUAGCUUGCUAGCAUAGAUUUGAAGAAAUUGUUAGAAAAACUUUUGACUGUCUUGGAACACUCCGAAAAAUAUAAACAAAUCAGUAGUAUUUAAUUUGCACCAUAUGCCAUCAUUUUCCAGGAAAAGUGUUUUUAGGAGUUACACAGGAUUUUUUUUUUUUUUUUUUUUUACGACAAAAACGGGUAACACUUUACAAGAAGGUUGUAUUUGCUAAAGGAAUAUUUCAGGUUCAAUAUAAGUUAAACUCAAUCGACAGCAUUUGAAGCAUAAUGUUGAUUACCACAAAUAUUAAUUUUAACUCAUCCCUCCUUUUCUUUAAAAAAAAAAAAAAAGUAAAUAACUGUUACAGUGAGCACUUACAAUGGAAGUGAAUGGGGCCAAUCUGUAAACAUUAAAAUACUCCAUUUCAAAAGUAUAGGCGAAAAAGGUAAAAAAAAAAAUACAAAAAAAACCAAUAUGCAUGUUAAUAUGAUUUUAAUGUGAUAAAAUCAUUUACUAACCUUUUCUGUGUAAAGGUAUAGCCACUUUUACAACUUUGUCGCCAUGACGACGUAAUGCCAUAAACCCUAAAUCUACCACAAAAAUUAUGAUUUAAACAACUAUACAAUUUAAAUAAUACACAAGUAUUAAGGUGUUAGAGCGGGUUGGCUGCUAAUUGCAGGGUUGGUGGUUUGAUUCCCGGCCCACAUGACUCCACAUGCCGAAGUGUCCUUGGGCAAGACACUGAAUCCCAAGUUGCUCCCAAUGACAGGCUAGCGUCUUGCAUGGCAGCUCUGCCGUCAUUCGUGUAUGAGUGUGUGUGUGAAUGGGCGAAUGAGUCACACUGUAAAGCGCUUUGAAAUCCGCUAAGGUUAAAAACUAUAUAAGUGCAGACCAUUUACCAUUAAUGUCAGUGCUUUUAUAAAAUUAUAAGCUUCAUAUUUCUGCCUUUAAACCCUCUAAAAAUGGGCCCCAUUCACUUCUAUUGUAACUGCAUCACUGGAACCUCGAUUUUUGCUUUGUUUAAAGAAAAGGAGGGACGAGUCAAAUUUUUUUUUCUUUUUUUUAUGGUAAUCUACAAUACAUUAUGCCACAAAUGCUGUCAAUGAAGUUUAACUAGUAUUGAACCCAGAAUAUUCCUUAAGCAUUAGUAAAUGUAUUAGGUACAAUGAACUAACAAUUAACAAUGUUUUUAUUUUAAUAGUUAAUGUUCAUUCAUGAAAAUUACAAUUGUUCAUUAGCUUAUAUUAGUUCAUUACGCAUUAACUAUAAUGUUAACAUAUACAACUUCUAAGUUAGGACUUUAUUAAUAUUGCAUGUAUUAAUAUGUAGAAAUUAAUUAACAUUAUCCAAGAUUAAGUUUCAAAGUUUUGUUCAUUGUUCAUGCUAACUAAUGUAGUUUACUAUGUUAAUGAAUACAACCUUAUCGUAAAGUGUUUAAAGUGUAGAAACCUAACAUUUAAUGAUAAAUAUACAGAAUACAUUUAAAAAUACUGUUUUUGACAUAAAUAAUUAUGUGGCGAUGCCGGUGGAAAUCUUAGCUUUGCAAGUAAAAAUCGAAAUUACUGGCCUGACCUGACUGGCAAAAAUUUUUUAUAAUAAUAAUAAUUAAAAAACAAUCCUUAUUGUUGAGCCCUGGUAUGCGUCUACAUAAGACGAAUGCAGGUUGAAAGCAUGUACCUCAUCUUCACUCUUUCUCACAUUUUGUUCUUUGUUUGCAUCCACUAAUCUCAUCUCAAUAUUCAUAUUUGUGUUGUCUGAAGGGAAUCAACUUGCUUACUACCUAAAUACAGAAUAUUAUAAUAAUUUCACAACAGUAGUUUAUUUUUUAAACCUAUUUAUUGUCUGAACCUGAAUUUGAGAAGUGCCUUUGAAUUAAUGCAGUUUCCUCCAAUGAAACAUAAAUACAGUAAAUAUGACAGCUACAUAGAGAGGUUUCCCAGGUGGUGACUUUGUCACUGAUGGUGGCGUCGGAUGUGCCAGGUCUGAUUACCCAACCCCACAAUCACUAAGACACCCUGUUCAUGUAAUUUCUAGUGUAGAGAUCUCGAUCUUGGAUCCAGUUCUCAUAUUAAAGUCACUGUAUGUUAAAAGAGAACCUGCACCAUGAGAAGUAUUUCUACAUGGACAUGUGACAAGACCCCAGAAAACUACACUGGCCCCCCCAAAAAUGUGGACACUUAAGCCACUCUUAAAAUGUAUGAAUUUAAUUGCAUUAGAUUACAAAGUACCAAACCAAUAAAUCACACUAAAAAAUUUUGCAAAAAUUGUUUGAUCAUUUAAAACCUAACAAAUUAAUUUUUGGUGAAAUGUUUUACCUAAAAAGUGCGCUUGUGCUAUCUUUCUUUAGAAUGAAUGUCAGUUGAU